AUGGAGCCUAUUGUCAAACAACCUUACGCCAAUGAAAUCACCAAUAGUCCGGUUAUAGGGCUCAGCCUGGUACAAAGGAAAGGAGGCGUGGCCUUCAAAAUUGAGUGCAAGUCAACUGUACCAAAGCUUCCUCCAAUCAAAACUAAGAGGAUCCAGGUUUAAUCAGAGGGCGAGGACUACGAGGGAUGGAAGGGACCAAAGUACAUUCAUUUUUGGGCACCUACUGUAAAAUGGUGCCUCUCACUUGCUGGUUUGGGUAACACCUUGCUUCCAGAGGAAAGACUGAGUGUGAAUCAGAGUUUAUCCCUUGUUGUUACAGGGUGUAUAUGGGCUAGGUACUCGGUGGUGAUUAUUCCGGUGAACUAUAACCUGAUGACGGUGAAUCUCUUCAUGGCCAUGAUAAACGGCAUCAACCUCUUCCGGGCAGUCAGAUACCAAUACAGAAUCAAAGAGGCAGAGACAACUCCGCCAAAGAAAGAAUAAAGAAAAUUAUAGUUUUACCAAUUGAAGAUAUAUAUAUAUGUGUACGUGUGCGUCUCAGGAGGAUAUAUAGACAUUUACUCUGUAUUUACUCUGACAAAAGUAUUGAUAUGGAAAAGGAAGCGGAAAUGGAAGGAGAACAGGAAAAACUACAAAGGGCAUGAAUAUUGAUAAUACUCGUUUCAGGGAAUUUUUAUUAAACAUUGAAUUCUGCAAAGCUACAGUGAUAUACCGGACUUGCACAAUGCCGACAAUUUUAAAAUUGCAAUUUUACCAGUGCUUAAAGUCUAUUGUAUUAAGUACAUGAUUACUAAUACAUGUAUUAUUGCAAAAAUUCCACUUGUUAUAUCUUGUUAAAAAUGGCAAUUUGUAUAUGCAUAAAAAAGUGCUCAUUUAAAUUUUGAACAUGCAGCAAUCUUAUUAUUUUUUUUGCUCUAUCUCGGUGUUUAUUUUUCUGCAUUUUCUAACUUUGUGCAAAAGACCCUGUACUUCUCAUUUAUGAUUUCGGGUGAUAGAUUUAAUUUGGUACCACCCCCUCCCCUCCAUCCUUCCAAGAAAAAAAAACAUCAAAAUGUGCUUCUACAGUACCGGUACUUGUUUAUCAUGCUUUCGAAAGCAGAUUUUAAGACCUUUGUUUCCCUGACUAAUUUCUGUUGAUGUGCCCAGUAGAUUAUUAUUUUUUUUUUUUUUAAUUGAAUUUAUCCAUUCACCUCUCUCUUAGGAAAUAAGUUGUUUGGGGGUUGGAAAUUUAUUUGUUGAAGACACAGUAAAUCAUUCAUAUAAACAUACACACAAAAAAUUAAAUCUGAAGCAUAGAUGUACAUACAUUCCAUUUUUGGCUAAUUUCCAUUUAAAGAGAUGUACCGGUACAUGUUUUUUCAAUAUAUAUAUACAUGUUUGUUUCAAAGAAAAUAAAAUAAAAUUUUCCUUUCGAUCAAGUAACAUUAAUGAUAACAUCGAGCCUGACCCAAGAUUUACAGAUAUUUUUAAGUUGCUCACAGUGUAACUCUUAAACUUGAUACGACUAAUAAUUUUUUAUGUACAACUUUUUUCAGUUUGACUACUGGAUGUAACCAGUAAAUCAGGUCUGGAUUUAAUAGUUUAAAUGAAUUUUUACAAAAUUCAAACAACUCAAAAUACGAUAUGGCAUCGCAAUGUUUCUUUUACGCAAUCACACAAAUUAAAAUGCUGUAUGAUCUGUCAGAACCUGGAAAUCUGUAUGAGAACAAAGAUUUUAUAUAUGAUGAAAAUUGAAUAUAUGUAAGACAGAUGCAAUUUUAUCAUAAAACACAAAGCAAAGACAAAUUGUGUUUUUCAGUCUAAUGUAAUUUUUUUUCGGUACUUAUUGUUUAUAUAUAUAACUAUGCCUGUGAUAGUGUUGAAAAACUAAACUAGAUAUUCAACACCAAAAAAAAAUUGUCAACGAUGAUUUCAAUUGAAAUAUGCUUAUGGUAUUUUUUUUUAAGUAUAAAAAUUCAGCAUCUAUGUGUUUGGUUGGUUCAAUUGUGUUUACAUACUCUUGGAUUGGUAAGCUUAUGGAAAUUAAUAUCUGCAGGAUAUUGAACUUCAUUCCUUCCGUUAAAUGUUGGUGCAUUAAAGAAUACCCGAGAGGUUACUUGCGAUAGAAAAUCAACUCCUAUUGAUUGUGAAGAAUUGUUAUUGUGUGAGUUUUUUUCAACAACAAGGUAAUUUUUUAAUGGAACAUUAUGCAUAUCUUGUAUAUAUAUCCAGAACAUGGUUUUUGGUAGGUUUUUAUUAUUUUUUUGUUGACAAUUAUCAGUUACUACUUAUUAAAACAAUUUUUCUCACA